CAUAGAGAAAAUACUUAUCCAAUCUGUCAAACAUUUUCGUUCAAUAUGUGAAUUAUUUUUAUUUAUCAUAAUUUCAUGAUGAAUAGCAGCAAAAAUGAAGACGAUUCAAUGCCUGAUGGCUGGUGCCUUUGCAAAUCUAAGUCAGUCCCGGGAAGAACGUACUAUUUCAACAAAAAAACUGGUAAAUCGUCGUGGACAAAACCCGAGGCCGACGAGAAAUCUUUCGACCCUAAAAAAGGUAAAAAGGAGAAAAAUAAAAAAGAAGAGGUUCAAAAGAAGAACUUGAAGAGAAAAAGUGAUAGUUGUCAUGAUGAUACAAGUCCUAAGAAAAGAGCUACUAAUGAACCACUUCUUGCUACACCAGAACCUAAAAAUCACACAAAAGAAAGUCCUAGUCAGCUUUUGCCACCAACAAGAAACUCUGCCAACAAGAGAUUGCAUCAAUUACGCACACGACUGUCCAAUGAAGCAGAAAAGACUGAAAGCCAACAGACACCUCGUGAAAAGACUCCUAUUAAAUCACCUGUCAAAUUCCAACCUAACAUAACUAAAGCAAGUCCAAGAGUUUGUCAGACGGACACGCCUAACAAAAAUAGUAAAGCAACAGACCUUAAAAGUCCAAACUUUAAUGAGACCCGAUGUUCCACCACAGCACAAUCGCCCAGCAGUGAUAGUUUACAGUCCACACCUUCCCCAUCACAGUUCUUUGCAGCCAACAAAAUACUAUCAUCUAUGAAGGCACAGUUGCCCGAAAAGUAUUCAAAUAAAAUUAAACCUAAAGACACAUUUGCUGAUAUCAACCAGGCGAUAUGCAAUCAAACCCCGGAGUACCCCUCAACGAAACACCCCGCUACUCCCCCACAAUUCUCUGAAGCUAGCAAGAUUGUGUCAGCAAUUAAAUCUAAAUUGGCUUACAAAAGCUUAGUUAAUAAGGAAAGUCCAGAGGUGGUUACAUAUUGUACCGCUAAAGACAGGAUGAAUGCCCUACGGACCAGAUUAAGCAAUGAUGUGGAAGUAGAACCAGCUGAUAAAUGUAAUUAUUCCAAUAAUGCUGGUGGGAACUCAGUAUUUCUAGGCAAUUCAGAAGCCAUGGAUGUUGAAGAGUACAAAGAGACCAAACAAAGCCCUCAGAAAAUGCAAAUGAAUUCUACCAAGGACCCAGAUGAUAACCUAGUGCUUGUAGUUGACACUAACAUUUUCAUACAUGAAUUAGAUGUUAUCAAGAAUGUUUUGAACUCACACAUAAAAGGCUACAAAGAACAGCCGACACUACUGGUCCCGUGGCGAGUCAUCAACGAGUUGGAUCGCCUCAAAGACAACAACAACGGGAAUGGUGCGAUAUGCAAACGAGCCAAGGCGGCCAUGGACUAUCUAUACCAAUCUCUGCCCGAGAAUAACAGGAUAAAAGGUCAAUCGCUCCGUGACGCCAACUCUCAUAUCUACCCGUGUGAGCUGCCCGACGACGAGAUAUUGAACUGCAGCCUGCAACAAGCCGAGAGGGGAAAGUCUGUGAUCCUCCUGUCAAACGACAAGAACCUGUGCAACAAGGCGAUCAUCAACGGCGUGAAGAGCAUCGGCCUGAGCGCGCUCAAGACUCAGCUGGAGAGCAAAGUGAGUCCGAGCUGCGACCCGGACCUGCUGGAGCGAGUGCGGAGGUUGCAACACCAUGUAUACCAGCUGCUGUCUAAUAUACUAGAGAACGAGAUGCGAGCCAAAUACAAGUCGCUCUGGCAACACGUGCUAUUCAAGCCGCCGCCCUGGACGCUGGCCGAUGUGCUCCAAUGUUUGCUCAAACAUUGGCUGGCCGUGUUCAACGAGGUGUUCCCGAGGAUCGAGCAUCUAAUCACUGAGCUCAAGAAUACGCUAGUGAACAUUGAGAGUAAAGACCCCAACACGCUCAGAACAUCCGAAGUGGACAACUUCCAAGAGCUCUCACUAGAAGUGGCCAGAAAGUGCCAGAUCAUUCCAGAAUACAUGGAGCUGGCUAAACUAACCGUUGAACGGAUAAGCAAGAAGACUGAACGCACUGACGGCGUGAAUGCAACGACAACGUUAUCUACAACGACGUUAUGUAGUAACGUUACCGCUGCGGAGAAUGGUGCGUGCCCACAGAGUGAUGAAAUGGCCGUCAUUGGCGCGUUCGAAAACGUUUGGACGGUGUUUUCGUCGUAUUGUGCCAAACUAGCGUCAGGGCUGGGCAUCAGCCACACAGUCGAGGACAAGAUCAACGGCGACGAGCCGCUGUCCGUGCUCACCAGCAAGUGGACCGUCUUCAGCAACCAGAUCUUCGACAUCACCAACAGUAUUGAGGGGGUACUGAACGUCAGUGACGAGUCGGACCCGGUCCUAACGGAUCACCUGAUCCGUUUAGAAGCGGUGUUCAAGGACAGCCUGAUCCUGAUAUCGGUUGAUACUGGGAUCAUCAACGGCGAUAACUUGAGGCUGUUUUGUACUAAAUGCAGGAACAUGCUACAAGAAGCCUACACUAAAUUCGCGCAUCUGACUGAACUGCUGGACGUUUGCAAGAAUAUCAUGAGCAAGUAAUUUCAUACUUUAUGUAAACG